AUGUAUAAGACAGUAUUAUUUAAUUUGAAUAUCUUGUUGUUAGCUCUACGGUGCUCUUCUGUAGCAGGAUGUAUGGCGACAGAUGGCACUGUACCAGAGACCACAACAACAACUACCACCACGACCACUACUUCCCCAACCACUACAACAACAACAUCACCUACCACUACAACGACGUCACUGACCACCACGACGACAUCUCCAACUACUACCACCACCGUGCCAACAACUACCACCACAACCACGAUCCCUACCACUACAACAACUACGACCAUACCAACGACGACCACUACUACCACUCAGCCAACAACGACAACAACCACUACUACGCCAACAACUACGACGACCACUACGACUCCUACCACUACAACGACUACAACAACUCCAACGACGACCACUACUACUACUACACCAACAACCACGACCACAACCACUACGCCGACAACAACAACUACUACGACUUCCCCAACGACAACGACAACAACGACCACAACAACUACAACAACUACUACAACGGUACCAACAAGUUGUACUAGCUGUCCUGACUUAGUAGCCAGCCCUAUCACUCCUUUGCCUGGCAGUAGUGAUGGCAGGAUAGAAUUUUCUUAUGACGCCAGUUCAGGAUGUAACACAGCUACUUAUGUUUGUUAUGCAGAUGCCAAUUUAGAAGUUGCUGUUAUUGUUGAAACGAACACUGGACCUUUCAUCCUUAACGGAGGUUGUUCAUCAGCACCAUUACCCCCUGGAUUAUUAAGUUGCAAUGCUAAUGGCCAAUGGGUUUUCGCUAUAACCGGAGAAACAAAUCCGCGUUUAACAUGCAGUGUAGCAGCAGGUGGUUGCACAGUUGGAAGAUAA